UUUAUAUCUGUCGAGAAAAGAGAAAAAUUCAGGAGGAGAGAGAGGGGGGAAGAGAGAGAAAAGAGGAGAGAGAAAAGAGGAGAGAGAAGCAGACUUGAGGUUUUGAGGCCUGGUGAUCACGAUCCAAGGUCCUUUUUUGUAUUGGCUCAAUAAAUUCUCUCUGAACAUCAGCAGUUGGGGGAUAUUCUACAUCCUUGGCUGAGGUUCUGCUUUAUUAUCAGUAGAAGGAAUUCUUUCAAGCAUCAUACUUCUUUUCAUAGCCAUGGCAACAAAUGAAAAUCUUCCACCUAAUGUCAUAAAGCAACUAGCAAAGGAAUUGAAAAAUCUCGAUGAAUCUCCUCCUGAGGGCAUUAAAGUUGGAGUAAAUGAUGAUGACUUUUCAAAUAUAUAUGCUGAUAUUGAAGGCCCAGCUGGGACCCCUUAUGAGAAUGGUGUUUUCCGAAUGAAGUUGUUGCUGCCUCAUGACUUUCCACACUCCCCUCCAAAAGGCUACUUCCUGACAAAGAUUUUCCAUCCAAACAUUGCAAACAAUGGUGAGAUUUGUGUCAAUACACUAAAAAAGGAUUGGAAUCCCAGUCUUGGAUUGCGACAUGUUCUAACUGUAGUCAGGUGUUUAUUGAUUGAGCCAUUUCCAGAAUCAGCUUUGAAUGAGCAGGCUGGCAAGAUGUUGCUUGAAAAUUAUGAGGAAUAUGCAAGGCAUGCAAGGCUGUACACUGGAAUCCAUGCCAAAGCAAAACCAAAGUUUAAGACAGCAGCAAUUUCUGAGUCAACUACAGCACUAAAUGUUGAUCAGACCAAUGUUGACCAGAGUAACACCUCAGUUAACCUUUCAUCUGUGUUAGCCCCUCCAGCUGCAGCCACCAAAGGCGCACAUAGUCAGGACCAGACCACCAUUGCGGCAGUUCCAACAACUAAUUCAGGAUCUACAACUACACUGCCGCCACAAGCAGCUGCAACAACGCAGAAAGAAGCCGGGUUGGCAAAACUUCAGGCAGACAAGAAGAAAAUGGAUGCUAGAAAGAAAAGUUUGAAGAGAUUAUGAUAUGUCGGAUUCAACUGAAAUGGUAUUAUUGUGAAGUUUGUGGGUACUUCUGUCCUUUAAUUGAUGGAAACGUGGAGGAGAGGGGGAAAAGGCUGCAUUAGGAGAAAAUGGGUACUUGAAUUAGGGGAAAACGAUGCAUAAAUUUGACCUUCCUCUCUCUCUCUCUCUCUCUCUCUCUCCAAAUUGCCCUUUAUUUGCAUUAGAAAUCUGUUAGCUUUGAUGUGAUUUUAUUUUAAAAAGCAACUCUUUGUUCAGAUCCUCUCUUCAAUUGAAGAGAUUGAGAUAAUGGUUGGAUUAAAAUGCAUCACAAUUUGGAACUCUGUCGAUCAUUUCAACUUAAAAUGGAGUCCUUAACACUCCAUUAGAUCAAUUUGCAGAGGUAGAAUGUCUUAGUAAGUUGGAGCUAAGAGCAUUCCUUGUGUGUAUAAAUGUUAAAUGAGAGAAAUAUUUGAUUG